UGUGGAUGUGGCAUAAGGGAGUUGCUCGGCUCCCGCAGAUUCCCGUGCUAAGUCGGGAGUUACAGCUGUUACUGCGGAGCUCAGCCUGGCUGUGGGGACGGCGCCGGGGCAGAGGCACAGACCCAGUCUCCAGCUCCAGCCUCGCCUCUCGUCUGUCUCACCUCAGCACCACGAUGGAGCCCAACAGCCCCAAAAAAAUCCAGUUUGCUGUGCCCCUGUUUCAGAGCCAGAUAGAUCCCGAGGCAGCUGAACAGAUCAGGAAAAGAAGGCCUACACCAGCAUCGCUCGUCAUCAUGAAUGAACACAUGCCCCCAGAAAAAGAUGAGAAGAGAACAAACAUCUCACAGGCAGAGUCGCAGAGCGCCUCUCCCAAGCAGAGGAAGCAGAGUGUCUUCACCCCUCCUGCGCUCAAAGGGAUUAAGCAUCUGAAGAGUCAGAGUGACUCCGUGUUUCCAGAAGAAGAGGAGGGAGUUGGCGAGAGGGAAGAGGAGUGGGGCCAUUAACCAGCACAGGGCGGCAGAGCCCGGU